AUGGCGCAUUCCUGGGCAAGUCCUUCGUUCCGUCCCGAGCGCAUUGAAAAGCUCAUCUCUGACGUCGACCGGUACAACUCUCAAAACCGGAGUGUACUGCUUGAAUAUCUUGAUGAACAGCUCAAGAAUGGGACAUAUGAUGCAUUGGCUAAUUUUGCGAUUUUGAAAUUGUUCCAGCUCAACCCCACCGAGUUUGGCUACGAUGCCAUGGUGAACAUCCUAAUCAAGACACUCACUGCGGCGCCGUUCCCUGACUUUAGCCUUUGCAUAUCUCUGCUUGGUGAGGCGCCUAUUGCAAAGACAUCGCAAAGCAAUGCCGGCAGUAUCGAUAGCGCGACCGGUAUUAUUUCGGAGCCUAUUGUGGUCCGCUUGGCAAAACUUUCCACUGCCUUGUCCGAGACCAGAUUUCGUGAGUUCUGGGCCCUGUACAAGUUGCCCGAGUAUGAAGAUAUCCGAAAAUACACUGCGAAUAUUGCAGGAUUCGAGGCUGCGCUUCGGCAGGUUGUGCUCAACAGUGUCAAGGGGACAUUCCGUACCAUCUCGGAGACACGUCUUAGUGGCUAUCUCGAUUUACAAGAUGCAUCAUUUGCUGAAUACAUCUCCAAGCAGCCUGGAUGGAUGCUAUCGAAUGGUUUAGUCACUGUACCUCUUAACAUUGACAAUGAGGUGAAGCCCACUGUUGUUCGCGAGGAAAUCACACAGGAAAAUCUAUCCAAGCUGUUAGCCCAGGCAUAA